GGGCAUUUAAAUGGCACAUAUAUAUAUUCACUGCUGCAAAAUGCAUGGCUUUAAAUGUAGUUGGAGAAUACACAUUAGAGCACUUUUGGCAUGUUGUUUCCUUUUCAUUUCACAAUACAAGCCUUCUGUUGGCUGAGGUUGAAGGCUUAUAAGGUGAAUCAUCAACAGGAAGUGCUGUCAGCAGUUACUGAAGCAAAGUGAAAGUAAAAAAGAAGAGAUUGUAAUUUAUGAGAAAGCAAGCAAGCGAGUUUUUUGGAGUGAGAGAUCGGAAUCUCCAGUUCCAGUGAAACUAUAGUGUGCUCAUCAGCACACCUUGCAUGGAAAACUACCUGCAGAUCAACGUGACCUGUAACCACGCUGGCGACUAAAGUGACCACAAGCUGAACAGACAGCACAUACGGCAGUGAUUUGAUCACUGAUGCUCCCUCUGAGGACGCUGCAUAGAUCCAAUCUAUGAAUUAUCUGACUAUAAACCACUGUCAUGUUUAUCUCUGACAUUGCUUGCUUGUGCGUCAAAGUAUCGGGGGAGUGGAUUUGUUAUCAGCAGCUUUACAUGAUCUGGUCAAAGUACAUGCUACAUGUCGUUCUGUUUCCUCAGCUGGUGAAUCUGCAUCCAUUCAAAUAUCUCUGGAUUAAAUAAGGUUGCAGAUAUGACGAAAGAAAAAACUCAGUGGAAGGUGUUUUUAGAGGUAAUAAGUGUGCUGCAAUGGGUGAUGUCAUUUCUCUUCCUAGGAUUGGGUUGUAGCAUCUUGAUGGUGUAUCUGAUGUUUACCUCGCUGUGGCCACUCCCAACCCUUUACUUCAUAUGGCUAGUGAUGGACUGGAACACUCCUGAAAAAGGAGGAAUGAAGACACGAUUUGUGAGGAAGUGGAAAGUCUGGGAGCACAUGAGAGAUUUUUUUCCUGUCAAAUUGGUGAAGACGGCUGAGCUGGAUUCAAAGAAGAACUACAUCUUAGGGUGUCACCCUCACGGGAUCAUGAGUGCUGGAGCGUUUACCUGCUUCAGCACGGAGAGCUGCGGCUUCACUGAGCUGUUUCCUGGAGUGAGGGUCACGCUGGCUAUACUCGCCGGUCUCUUCAGGCUUCCACUGUUUAGGGAGUACAUCAUGUGUGCAGGUCUUUCACCAGUCAGCAAGCCAAGCCUUGCACACCUCCUCUCACAAAGUGGUAAGGGAAACGCUGUAGUGAUUGUAAUAGGGGGCGCUGCUGAGUCUCUGGCCUCCUCUCCUGGAAUCAACACAGUGGUCAUGAAGCAGAGAAAAGGAUUUGUCAGAGUGGCGCUUGAGUUUGGGGCUGAUCUGGUGCCAGUUUACUCAUUCGGGGAGAAUGAGCUCUUUCAGCAGGUGAUUUUCUCUGAUGGCAGUCUGGGUCGGAGGUUGCAGGAUUUGUUUAAAAAGAUUAUGGGUUUCGCCCCAUGUCUAUUUGUUGGCGAGCGGAUGGCGAUCAUGCCCUACAGGACUCCAGUCACCACUGUGGUGGGAAGUCCAAUCUCUGUGCCAAAGCGUGCCACACCUACUGAGGAGGAGGUCGACCACUAUCAUAAACUUUACAUGGAUGCCCUGACUGACUUAUUCCACAAACACAAAGUCAGCUGUGGACUUUCUGAGAGUCACAAGCUUCGGAUUAUUUAGAUUUUACACUUCCAAACAAACUGUAGCUGUUCUCCUUAUAAAGCCUUUAUGUGGACUGAUGAUGAAUGAUCUGACACAGUGCUCACACACUGGUUUCUUUUUUUUUUUUAAACUGCAAGGUCAGUCUGUUUUUGAACUGUUUAAUGUGCCUCCAAUAAUUGUAAACUGAAAAAUCUAGAUUAUUUUCAUAAUUUCAAAUAUUACACACAUUAUUUAAAACAAUUAAAAAACAUGCCUCAAAAAUUACUGCUGUUGAUGCUAAGACAUGUUUGUUUAAGAUAAUUCUACUGGUUUGUUUUCACACUGCAAAACUCAAAUCUUACAUUGUGCAUUUGUCUUAUUUUAAGUGAAAGUAUCUCAUCACAUUUAACAUAAACCGUGAUCAGCUUACAAGUUCAAAAAAACACAUCUUAUUUUAAGAUAUAACAAGCAAAAAAGAAGUCUGAAAUGGCUUGCAUUGAGUAAAAAAUAGAAAUGCUUGAUAUGGACAUGGAGAUAUUAACUUAAAAAGUGAAUUUCUGUUAUUGGCAGAUGGGAACAUAUCUGCUAAAACUCACAAGUGAUGUGUUUGCUGUGAAUAAUGGCAUACAUGAGCUGUAAAUCCCUAACUUAUGUGCAAAUUGGUCUGUGACGUUUAAGGCAAGACCAACAGACAGAAGCAGACUUCGACAUUAGGCAAAAGUAGGCAAUAACCUGGGGCCCUUGACUAUUAGGGGCCCAUAAUCACAGAAUUAACUCAACUGUUUCUCUUGCACUAGCCAGUAUUCUUGGAAUUUAGAAGCUUAAAGACACUCAUUAAAGUGUGAAAUAUUAUGUAAAGUUGGUCAUGUUAAAGUGGCAUAAA